CUCUCUCUCUCCACGGAGAAAGGUUUCAAGAACCCAAAGGGCUUCCGAGAGCUUCGUCAUACUCGAAGAACCAUGUCUGCUAACUGAAGACAAGACUGAUCAGGAAAAGAUAUUGCAGAUGAUGGUGGAAGUGCGAGUGCCGAACCUGGACUGCGAGGGAUGUGCAGCUAAGUUGAAGAGAGCUCUCUCCAAGCUCAAAGGGGUAGAAGAAGUGGAGGUGGACAUGGAGAUGCAGAAGCUGACCGCCAGAGGUUACAGAUUGGAGGAGAAGAAGGUGUUGAAGGCCAUCAAAAGAGCAGGGAAAGCGGCAGAGCCGUGGCCUUUUCCGGGCCACUCUCAUUUCGCUUCCUUUUAUCAAUACCCUUCAUACAUAGUCAACCAAUACUACUACGACGCCCACAGGACCGGGGCUUCUUCCAGCCUCCACACUUUCUUCCACACUCCCGCAGUCUACUCCGUCGCCGUCGCCUCCGACGAGGCCUUUGCUUCUCUCUUCAGCGACGAUAAUCCACAUGCGUGCACCAUUAUGUGAAAUUAAAGUAGUUCCUGCUGCUAUGAAGUUAGUUCUGCUCUUGGUUUUCCCUUUUGAAUUCGGUCGCAGCCACACAUUUUCUCCAAGCCUAAUGGAUGUUCUAUUAUAUUCAA